AAAAGUAGAGGCUAAAAUCUGGGUCAAUGAUGCACUGCAAACACUUAAAACUAGAAGGUUUGUUCAAAUUUGUUUUACCAUCUGAGAGUAAAUCCAUGUAAUAUUUGUUUAGAUGGGAAAGUUCAGUUUAAAAGGUAGUUUUUGAGAAAUUUAAACUCACUCAAUCGUAAUUUGCACACCCAAUUUGAUUUAUAUAGAAUCACUCAGGCACGUGGAAGGAAUACAUAUCUCUCUUUGUAGUCAUCAAAUAGACACUCCACUCUUUUGUACUGUGAGAGGGACUGAUGAGAAAUAUGUGUAUUAUGUUAUGCCUGAUCGCAGAUUGACUAGCAUAGUCUGAAAAGAGGUUGUGGACAAUGAGAGCAAGAUCAGCCUAAUUGCUCUCCCUGCAUCAGCAGCAUCUAUAGAGCGUCCUGGGAAUUGCUUGCCCUACGAUCUGAGCAGCUGGUCACAUGAGUCUGAAUUUUCAGUUCAGUUCAUUAGUCAGCCAUUUUGGUCAACACCCUGCUUGCUGCGCACAACCAAUCCUAUUAGCAUUCUGUGUCCAGGCUUCUCUGGGGGAGAAAGAGACUAGUAGUGAUUCUAGCAAUUCUGGAUAUCUUUUCCUAUAGACUUGUAUUAUUUUGGUUUUUCUCUUCUUAAUUUUGGUAACUAGUCAAGGAAGCUUUUUCUUUUAUGCAGUGACCAGGUUUUCUGUGGUUGCUUAGGAUUAAUAGCAUCUAGCACAGCUGAAGAGAAAGAUAAUUGGGGAAGAGAAAAGAGGAGGAGACUGAAGAGGAGCAUCACUUAUACCUUGCUGUAUAUAUGAAAAAGCUACUGCAGUUUGUGUAAUUUGAGCAUAUUUGUUCUUGCACAGCAAGGUAUUUCUUAUUAUCUUCCUCAGAAGGCUUUUCCUUUUAGUUCUUUUUUGUUGUGCCAGCUGAGUCAUCAUGUCUGCCUUGACGCCUCAAAGCGAUAUGCCAACCCCCACUACAGACAAGAUCACACAGGCUGCCAUGGAGACCAUCUAUCUUUGCAAAUUCCGAGUGUCUAUGGAUGGAGAAUGGCUCUGCCUGCGCGAGCUGGAUGACAUCUCACUUACCCCCGACCCAGAACCUACCCAUGAAGACUCUUGGGAGGAUUUGACAGAUUUGGUGGAGCAAUUGCGUGAUACUGAAGAUCCUAAUUAUCUCAUGGCGAAUGAACGCAUGAACCUGAUGAAUAUGGCUAAACUGAGUAUAAAGGGGUUGAUUGAAUCAGCACUUAAUCUGGGGAGAACACUGGACUCUGACUAUGCACCUCUUCAGCAGUUCUUUGUAGUGAUGGAACACUGCCUUAAACAUGGCUUGAAAGCCAAGAAGACUUUUCUUGGACAAAAUAAGUCAUUCUGGGGACCUCUGGAGCUGGUAGAGAAGCUUGUUCCUGAAGCUGGAGAGAUCACAGCAAGUGUUAAAGAUCUGCCGGGGCUUAAGACGCCUGCAGGUAGAGGAAGAGCCUGGCUUCGCCUGGCCUUAAUGCAGAAGAAGCUUUCAGAAUACAUGAAAGCUUUGAUUAACAGAAAGGAUCUUCUCAGUGAAUUUUAUGAGCCUAAUGCUCUCAUAAUGGAAGAAGAAGGUCACAUAAUUGCUGGCCUCCUAGUAGGGUUGAAUGUCAUUGAUGCAAACUUCUGCAUGAAAGGAGAAGACUUGGACUCACAGGUUGGAGUUAUUGAUUUUUCAAUGUACUUGAAGGACGGGAACAGCAGUAAGGGCAAUGAAGGAGAUGGUCAAAUAACUGCUAUUCUGGACCAGAAAAAUUAUGUAGAAGAACUCAAUAGACACUUAAGUGCCACUGUAAACAAUCUGCAGGCAAAGGUGGAUGCUUUAGAAAAAUCCAACACUAAACUUACUGAGGAGCUUGCAGUUGCAAACAACAGGAUUAUAACACUGCAAGAAGAGAUGGAACGAGUUAAAGAAGAAAGUUCUUACCUCUUGGAAAGUAAUCGUAAGGUGACUAAGCAAGACAGAACUGCAGAUGGACUUGCACUAAAUGAAGCACGAAAACAGUUAAAGGAGGAGACUCAGCUACGGCUGGAUGUGGAAAAAGAACUAGAGGUGCAGAUUGGAAUGAGACAGGAGAUGGAACUGGCUAUGAAGAUGCUGGAAAAAGAUGUUUGUGAGAAGCAGGAUGCACUAGUGGCACUCAGGCAGCAACUAGAUGAUCUUAGGGCACUAAAGCAUGAACUCUCCUUCAAGCUGCAGAGUUCAGACCUGGGAGUGAAACAGAAGAGUGAAUUAAACAGCCGUUUGGAGGAGAAGACAAAUCAGAUGGCUGCUACUAUUAAACAGCUUGAACAAAGAUUGCGACAGGCAGAGAGAGAACGUCAGUCUGCCAAGGAGGACAACCGGCUCUUCAAGCUGGAAUUUGGUGACAAGAUCAACAGUCUUCAGAUGGAAGUGGAACAGCUCACCAAGCAGCGGGGCCAACUUGAACAAGAACUGAAACGGGAAAGAGACAGAUGGUCACCAAUCCACCAGGGCAUCCAAGAAAACAAAAUCACAGUAGCCCAAGGCAAGGGCUGCCAGAAGAUGCAAUUAAAAAUGGAUGGGAAGCAGAAAAUCCAGGAAGAAAAUGCCAGACUGAGAGAGCCUGGAAGAGGGGAAAAUGCUGUUCUUCCAAACAAGAUACAGUCUGUCAUACAAGAAGAGAAGGAACUGCCACUUGGACCUGGAAAAUCACAGUUAUGCCAGCUGUGCCAAGAGGAAGGCAGUCUCACCGAAACAAAGAACAUUUGCAAGAACUGUAAUGGAAUCUUCUGCAAGGCCUGUUCAGCUAAUGAACUGCCCCUUCCAUCCAGCAUUAACCCAGAGCGUGUUUGCAACACAUGUCACAAACUGCUGAUACAGCAAUAUUCAACAAGCCCAUUGUAGGACUCUGCAUGGGGGACAGUGAUGACCAAUCAAGGCUUGGCCUAGCUAUAAAAUCUUGUAGCUUAGGCUUGGCUCUGAAGCUGUUCAGGCGAGUUUCUAGAGAAGAAUCUCUCUUCCCUCUCCUCUUGCAAGGUCAGAGAGAGGAAGUACAUUCUUGUGUUCACAUUCUCUCUCAACUGUCUAUUUAAAAUGCUGGUCGGAGCCCUCCUUUAGGAAAACACCCCCCCCCCUUCAGGCAUGAGCUGCUGUGUGAAGAACUUAUCAGAUUAGCCUUAAUACAUGUACCAUGGCAACUGCAAGAAGAGGUAAAAACACACAUACAAAGGUUUACUUAAGUGCUUUGUUUGAAGGCAAAAUGGAUGAUAACUGAAACAAAGAGGUAUUGUUCACCAGCAUGUGUGGCUCUGCUUGAAAUACCACUUUCCCUUCUGUCCUUGGCAGUUCUAUUGAACUGUGAUGCUCCAGUUCAAAGAGGAAAAAUCCCACAAAAGAACAGGGAAUUAAACAUGUGUGUGGCACAUUGUUACUCAAUUCAAUCCUCUCCUGGGCUCCACUUUGGUUGUGUGGCGUUAACGACAGUGGAGAGGAAAGAUUUAAAAGGUUUUGGGGUUAUUUUUUUGAGGCGUGUGAGAGAUAUGAGAACUGAAUAGCAGCCAUUUCGCUCAGCACAGUACGCUUGAAAGUUCUCGUAGCAAAAUCCUCAAACAUUUAAAUACAGGUUUGUUUUUUGGUAAAAACAGAUACCUUUGAACUUCAUAGUGGAGGUUCUCGUUGUGACUUAUAGUAGCUGUGAAUUUUAGGCUCUCUAAAUCUGUUUUAUUUUGAUGGGAUGAUUAGAGGAUGGAUUUUGAUUCCAGAAUAUGUAAAUGGGGGGGAAAAAAACCUGGUCUUCCUUUAAACAGACCAUUUAGGGGCAUUUUUGUACAUUCUGUCCAACAUACUGCUCCUACUAAUGUUGUGCACGUUAAUCAGCUGUUCAAGCAGCAAAUGUGGUGGUCUUUAUUUAAAUAUAGUUGUAAGACUGAUCAAUUUUUAGCCACAAGAAAUGGUGGCUGCUAGCAGGAGGCUCAAAUGUGCUAAUCUGAAAUUCACUUUCAAAUAGGUUUUAUGGUUCAUACAAAGAUAACCUGACUUAAUGUCGUCUUUAAGGCUUCUGUACUCCACCAAAAGGCACCACCUUCCUUCUGAAGUACACAGCCACUUGUACCUCUUAGGGCUCCAGCCUCCCCCUGUGCCAAAACUGCAAAAUUACAAAUGCUGGUAUGCAUCCCUCCCCAAAGAGAGGGGUUUAGUUUAUUUGGCCUACUUUGUACUGGAAAUCGAACUAAACCAUUAAGACCACAGAAUGUAUUGUAAUCUUUAGAAAACUGAUUUAUGUAUAUUUGUGUAUGCAGGGGUGUUGCAUUAAUUUUACUACAAAUCUAUAGGGAAACCUGUUUUUUCUCCAAAGGUGAUUUGCAAAUUAAAUGUUUGAACUACAUUGAAUGCAUGUAGAGGAGAGUUCAGGCCAGUGAUGGGAAUUAGAUGGGUCUCUUUUACAGGAGCCAACAGGAGGUAGUGAAUGGGACUCAAGAAAGUAGGGGGAACAGAGAGGAAAUCAUUAGGAGAUCAACUUGAAAUGGUUUCUUCUUCUGUUUCUCCUUUAGAAUAGUAGUUAUCUUCCUGCAAUUGACUAACAACUUUUCAGGAGGAAUUAAAAAAUGAAGUAGCUUUGUGUUUGGAAUCUAAGUGGAAAUAUAUAACGUGCUUUCAUACAUUCACUUUCUAUUUUCCAGGAAGAGAUGUUUGUUUUUUUUUAAUUAGGGUCACCAGUGCAAAGUCAGGGACAGCACUUUGAGUGACUGGAAAAGAUACUUUAUUUAUUACUCUUUUGCCUGAACGUGAGGUUGAUUGCUUUUGCAGGGAGGAUAAAUAUUCCAUAUGCAUAUACCGUACAAAUCUCCAUGAUUUUAAAUCUGCUAGUUGAGUUGGUUUUUGUUUUUCUGCUAGUCAGAUGGAAUAGAAACAAAUUUAAGCAAUUCUGAUAGCAUUUGGAUAUUAAACUGGAAACAAUACUUAAUUUUAAUGUGUAAAAGCUGUGUAAAUUACCUUGUGAGUGUGAUUAGAAGUUCUGAGAUAGUAGCUAAUUCCUUGGUUGCCUUUAUACCUACUUUAAAUCUUCACAAAAAGGAAGACUGCUGCUACUACCCUUAGAUAUUAAUGCUCCAACUCUAAAGUCUCCAUUUUAAAAAGCACCAUAAAGUCACUUCUUUAUAUGUUAUCCAAGUUGCAUAAAAGCCACUGUGCUCAACAACUUAACAAGUUUACUUCAGCCAUGAUGAGUUAGUAUCAUUUUUGUACAGCUUAGGUUGAGGAAGAGAGCUAAAAUUAAAUAAGUCAGAAUUACAAGGGGAGCUCCAAGAUGGCUCCUACCUAUGUCCUCUGAUGUCAUCCU